AAAUUUAAACUCUGGUCACACUAACUCCAAUGUUGGCGUCUAUUUGGUUUCAAACUGAAAACUAAAUGAUUACAAAUUAAUUUGAGCAGACAAACAUGAAUAGAAAACCCCGCAGUUCGCUGAAACAAGCCGCGACGGACGAAAAUGAUCCUACCAUAAAAUCAGUGAAUCGUCGCAUCAGUUUCAGUGGCAAAAAGUUUGUACGCGAAUUCGAUACCACAGAGAAGCCCCGAGACUAUGACAACUCAUAUGAAAUCUCGGAUCAUACGAAUGGCGACGACAGCCAUGGCACUGGAGCAGCAGCAACCUCAACUCUGCUGCAGCUCACAGCGCGGCAAGGAGACAAGGAGAACGAGAAGAUGACGAGCAUCAGCAUAAGAGAAUCGAUAUCAACACAAUACGAUCAGCAACAACACAACGAUUUCACGCUACAACUGCAGACGAGCGUCAACCUGACGCUAAUGCCGCACGAAUUGGCCAAAAAUCGACGUCUAACCACUACGAUGCCUAUGGAGUUCGAUAGCUUGUCGCUGUCGGAUGUGGAACGCGAGAAGUUGCGUGAAAAUAGCAUGUAUAGAGUGCCGUUAAGUGAGAAAACUAUGGAUUUAAUGCCACAGAAAAUGUUCAUUGAUGAGCUGGACUGCAAGCAAUCGGCCAAGGGAGACACGAUUUUAAAUACCAUCGAUAUGAGUUGUGUGGCCGACAAGGAAAAUAUUGUGCAACAAAAAACCGUGCUCUUUGAGGACAAUAAUAUAACGUGUGAUUUCAGUGAUAUUGAUCCCCAGCAAAGUGUAGCAGCUGCUGCGGUUGCUGUUAAUGUUGCUGUAACCCCGAAGCAUGAAUCGUUUGCUAUGGAAGAUCGAGAUUGUUUCAACUAUUUGGCUGACGAAUCCACAUCGUCACCAUUGAUACCAUUGGAUGUGAUUAACGAAAACAACAUCAGCAGAAAACUCAACUUUCGGCAGCUUAAUGAUGCCUUAAACUCUGGUCGUAUACAACUAUUUCCCAAUGGACCGAGAACACCAACAACAGAUAAGAUUGUGAAGCCACCACGCUUUUGGCAUGGACUGGAACAGCAGCAGGAUCAACAGGAAUUGCCACUAAGAGAUGCCAUCAAACCGCGUGGCACGCUCAACUUUAGUGAAAGCAUGAUGGUAUCGCCAGUAUCGCAACAACCGAAUAAACCUAUGAAAAAUCCUAUAGAUGAUCCAGUUAGCGGCAAAAAGAAGGAAGAUCAGUUUAAGCGCAACAAUCGCUUUUCGCAGGCUGAUGAAUUUAUGCUGGAUAAUACAAACUUUUUGCUCCACGCCAAAAUGGGCGAUGAAACACAGUCAAGAAAUAGCUCCAAGAGUGCCUCGCGGCGAGAAACCACCUACGAUAAUACUGCCAUGGAACUAGAUGAUCUUGAGAAACAAGAAGCAGCCGUUGUAGCUGCUCUCGAGAAAGUCACACGCCAACAAAAGUUGCAGCGUUGUGAGGCAAUAGAUGAGAGUGAUAUUCAUACUAAUCAAAGACUCAGUCGCACUAUGCAGAUGAAUGAAUCAAUUGAAGUAGACCAAAAUCAAUCACAAUUGGCGAAAGCCAUAGGUACGGAUACGUCUAUUCAAGAGCCUGCAAUACCAGUUGCGGAAAAGGAGUAUGUAAUACGCAGACAAACAAUGCACUUUGCAGAAGCAAUCGACGAAGAUCAGCAGAGUCCUCCAAGGGAUUCGCGUACAGCUGCGCGAAGACAAACAAUGCACUUCGCUGAGGACAUGGAUGAAGAAAUGCAAAGUGCGAAAAAGGAAAAAAAAUUGCCAGUCAACAGACAAUCGUUGUUGAUGGCCGAAUCUAUUUAUGUGGAUGCAGAAAAGCCACAUAAGGAAGCAAAGCCGCAGGCACAAUUCAAAGUCCAAUCGAAUCGUCGCAGACAAACUAUACACUUGGCAGAAGACAUUGAUGAAGACGUUAAUUCGCAAUCUUUAGCUCCUGCAAUGCAUCAGCCAACGAGUGGACGCAGACCAACAAUGCAUUUGGCUGAGCCAAUUGAAGAGGAUGUCGGAAAAGUGUCCAACGAGGUGGCUCCUACUGUUGUACAGGAUUACAAUAUACGUAGACAGACGCUGCACUUCGCUGAAGCCAUUGAUCCACCAAGCCCAUUAAAAAAUGUACAUGCAACUUCUAGAGCUAAAACGAAUUCUCACAGACAAACGUUGUUAAUGGCAGAGCCCAUUGAAGAGGACAAGGUGAAACCGCCACAAAAAGAUCCAUUAAUGGAACCUGCCAAAAAGCAACGCAAGCAAUCUUUAUGCUUUACGGAAGCUAUUGAUAUAGAUAUGCCAAGUCCUAUCAUCGACACACAACCCAAAUCUCAAGCUGCUCCACCAACACACAAAUCAAAUCAACGCAGAGAGACUUUGCUAAUGUCAGAAUCAAUGGAAGAGGAGAAACAAAAGCCACAGCUAAAAGCUGCAGCAUUGGAGUGUCUAAAAGAAAGAAAGCGACAAACAUUGCACAUGUCUGAACCCAUGGAAGAAGAGCAUAAAUCAGUUGCAUCUGCUAAAAAGGAAUUACCAACUAAAUAUUUGCCGUCUCCACUUGAACACGCUCGGUGUCGACGCAGAGAGAGAAAUCAGAAACGAUCACACAGAAGGAAUAUCAAACCAGUCAACGCAAAACCGAUUACAGAAAGCAUUUACCAAAUAAACAUCUGCCUUCUCCACUCGAACACGCAUCAAGUAGACGCAGGGGAAACAUUGUUGAUGGCUGAACCCAUCGAGGAAGAAGCAAUGCAACCAGCAGCUGAUAAUGGAGAACAGUCAAAAAGCAGACGCAGGCAAACAUUGCAUCUGUCCGAACCUAUUGAAGAGGAGCCAAUGCAAUUAAAGCCAUUAACUGCUGGACACCGAGCCAAGCCUUUAUAUGUUGGGAAAGCAAGUGAGGAAUAUAUUUCAGUUGCUCCAAGUACGCAUAAGAUUGAGCAACCGUUCAAGCCAAACAGACAAACAAUGCACUUGGCUGAGCCCAUCAUAGAAGACUUGCCAAAUAUAUCAAGUGAUCCUGGAGAAAAGCCCGCUUCCUUUGCUGUACAGACUCACAGCAUUCGCAAACAGACGCUGCACUUUGAGGAGGAAAUGCAAGAAGCAGGAACUAAUGCAAUGAAUGAAAUUAACAAUAGAAACAGGCAAACAAUGCACUUAGCUGAACCCAUAGAAGUCGACUUGCUUAUUAUACCAAAUGAUCCUAAAGCAAAGUUGGCUCCUCCUGCUGUGAAGCCACAUGGUAUUCGCAGACAGAUACUCCACUUUGAGGAGGAAAUUGUAGAAGACAUUCAGCCCAUACAACGCGAAAUGAUAAAUGAGGGAGUUUCUUCAAUGGAAGAAGAGAGCAACAAACGCACACAAACGAUACAUAUGGCAGAGCCAAUGGAAGAGGAAGCAGUCAAUGUACCAAUUCAUCUUAAAGCAAAAUGUGCUUCUUUUGCUCUGCAGAUGCAAAGAAUUCAUAGACAGACACUGCACUUUGAGGAGGAAAUGGAAGAAGACAUUCAACCCCUUCAGCGUGAAAUGCAUUCAAGUGUAGGAGGUGGUUCACUAGAACAAAAAAGCAAUAAACAUAGACAAACACUACACAUGGCUGAACCCAUCGAAGAGGACUCUUUCAGUGGAAACAUUAAACAAGCGGCUGCUCCUAUAGAUUCUCGCCAGGAGAAGCGCCCAACGCUGCAUUUGAGGGAAGUAAUUAAAAAGGAGCCGACCUCGAAAAGCAAUCAACGACAAACUCUAGCUAUCGAUGACAGUUGCAUUAAAAUAGUCCCCACAUAUCCAGCAUUGCUAAAGCCUCACCAGACAUUAUGUACGUCCGUAGAUAUGAAUGAAGAUGACAUGCCAGCAACUACACCGCCUGAGCCAAGUAGCAUCCAACCAAGAAUGACGUUUCUUGAGAAUAUGGAUUUGGAAUUUCUCAGCCCAGUUGCAGACAAGGCCGGUUGCGAUUCUCCCUCAGAUUCGGCCGAACGGCUUGCUCAAAUGAAUGCCAAGAUGCGUAAAACUUUGGUGAAUCCCAACAAUGAUAAAACAGAAAGCAGAAAAGUGACUAUGGAAACCCCCAAAAACAAGAAAAUUAUGCAACGAAGCGUUUUCCCCAUCACACCUGGUCAUUCAAUUAUCGAAUACUUAGACUUGGAGGAGAUGUGUAAUAUCGACAACUCCGAAGUAGCAACGACAAAUGCUGCAUCGAAACAGUCUGUGAACAUGGAAGUGGAUAAAUCCAUCUUUGGUACGCCAUUGGCAUCCUUUAACGUCAAACGAUUGCCUACUCAUUUGACUCCAAAUCUGCCACAACCAAAGAAACGCAAUACACAAUACUCUGAAAUACAAAACGAUUCAAACAACUCUCAACUUCAGUUGGAUAUAACAGUUAAAGAAACAGAUACACAUCUUUCAACUAGCAAGAACAAAUCACAUAUUCCUGUGCUUCGCAAAUCCUUGAACUCGCCAUAUUCAGAAACCGAACAGAUAGAUGGCACUGUUCAAAUGGUUAGAGCGCAAAUGAUACGCCAAACACGUAGCCUUUUCGGUGUAGAGACCUUGCGACCCAUGGAACAAAAUUUAAAAGAACGAACAAUAGCAACUUAUGAGGACAACCCGAUUACCAUAUCCGAUGUGUCAAGUCAUUUUGCAGCACAAAAGGAACUGGCCAAGCAGGAUGCAAAGAACACUUCGAGCACCAGCGGCAGCUCCAACGAGAAUAGCAAUAAAAGCUAUGGAAGAUCGCACAAAAAGUUUCUCAAUCUCAGCGGUGAUACGGAAAUCUUUGACGCCGCUGAAGUUAUUGACUUGUCGCUCGAAGACAAUGAAAUUGAAAAGACGCGGCUGAGUUUGGUGUCAACCUUGAUAGACGAGGAGGAAGCCAGCUUUGUUGAUGGCGUUGGUAUCGAACUCAAGGCGGGCCCUGAACUUAUAACUGAGCCUGAGGCAUGCCUCGAGCGAGUAAAUCCACCAGCGGCAGCUGGGUCUGUGGAUGCGUGCAAGAAAUGCACACAUUGCAGACGAUCCUUAAGUGGAACGCUGGAAAAUGAAACAGAUGAAACAUUUGAGUUACCAAAUUGGAAUGCGCUUGAGCUGGGACUUGAGCGAUUGAAGCGUUUGCGACAACAUCCAACGCUUGAUGAUGUCGAAAGAUAUUUUGAACUCAAGGAUAUGGAACGGUAUUCCAGCGUUAGUGAUACUCUCAGCGAAUCAUCCAAUGAGGAUACAGAUCGCAUAACACUACAAGAUUUGCUUGCUAAUUUCAAGCGCAAAUUUGAGGAAAUGUCGAAAAACUUGCCCGAACCUGUUAUAGUUGGGUCUUAUGACAAACGAUUGAAGACCGCACUGCAAGAACAACAACCUCGUUGGAUUUUCGAUUCUGAACUCCAAUGCGAUCGUCAAUAUAUCGUCACGCAUAAAACAAUUAGUACAUUUCGCUUGGUUAUCAACUAUGAACCGCUGGAUAUUAUGGAAACUGAGAUAAAAGUGCGCAACAUAAAAGCCACGACAUUUUACACCAUUAUUCCAAAGUCCCAAUGGGGAGUACUUUCGCAUCUGAUGGACUUUCAAUUAAGGCUUGCACUGCCAUUGAAUCUCAUGAUACUUUUAGAUGGCAAUAAAGUGGAUGAUGUCGUGAAAUUUCUAAAACACAUCGAUAGUAUUUGCGUGAAGACCAAAAAGUUAUGCAAUGAUCUGCGCUUGUUAUUAAUAUCAAAACAGGCCCUGCUCAUAAGGCAACCCAAUCGCACUGUAGUCAGAAAAACUAUUCGAAAAAUGACUCGAAGAAAGGAUGAGGCACACUCUCGCUAUGAGAAAACAAAUUUUAUCAUUGAAAUCACUAAUGUGGAGAAGUUAUCAUUUGAAAAUAUUCUUGAGCCGCCGCUGUAUCAUUUCGAUGAAAAAAUUCAGUUCCUACCAAAGGGCAUUGCUUUUCUGGAUACAUUCCUUGAACAUCCGGAACAAUAUCUUAAGCCAAUAACUCAACCAACUAACUAAAUUCACUUCAUUUAUCUAUCUAUCUAAUUUAUUCGUAUGUACUAAGUGACAUCAGCUCACUAAAAUGUACGUAAUAAGAGCGAUAAAACUUUCAAUCGAUAAGGCUAAGAAUAGUCACAUAAGAUUAAUUGUGGAGAAUAAUCAUGUACGUCAUUAAACUAUGUAAUCGGCAAUUAUCUACAAGUUGCAUAUACAGACAUCUUAUCAGUUCACAAUACUGAUAUUUGUACUUUAAGUUAUCAGUUUAGUUGCUAUUGAAACGUUGGAAGUGCUUGCACGAUUGAAAGAGCUCUUUAAUUAACUAAAGUAAUAUCUACAACAAAUAUUCUGUUAAGUUUAUGAAUAAAAAAGCCAGUUUUUGAAGGAAA